AUGCCCGAGUACAUGAGAGCUGUCGAGGUUAAGGGCGGCAAGGGACAUGUCGAUGCACUCUUUAUCAAUGAUAAAACCGAGAAGCCUACUCCCAAGGAUGGCGACGCCAUUGUGAAGAUCAAAGCCUUCGGCCUAAACCGCAUGGAUUUGAUCCAGCGCGAGGGCCACUACCCGCUUCCUCCUCAGGCACCAUCCACCCUCGGCGUAGAAUUCAGCGGCACGAUCGAGUCGUUUGGCGCGGGUGACCACGGCGCCUUCAAGGAAGGCGAUGCCGUCUUCGGGCUGGCGUACGGCGGCGCAUACGCCCAGUACAUCGCCGUCUCGACCAAGAUGCUUCUGCACAAGCCGGACGAGCUCAGCUGGGUGCAGGCGGCGGGGAUCCCGGAGACGUGGAUCACCGCGACGCAGGCCCUGCACUUCGUGGGGCAGUUCUCCAAGGGCCAGUCUGUGCUGUGGCACGCUGGGGCGAGCGGCGUCUCCAUUGCGGGCAUCCAGCUGAGCAAGAAGGCCGGCGCGAGCAAAGUUUUUGCGACCGCUGGCACCUUUGAGAAGACCGCGUUCAUCACGAAGGAGCUUGGUGCCGAUGCGGCGUUUAACUACAAGCGCGAGGACUGGGCACAGGAGAUCCUGGAGCAAACGGAGGGCAAAGGAGUUGACAUGAUCAUCGACUUCAUUGGAGCCAACUACGUCCAGAACAACCUGAAGGCCAUUGCUCGGGAUGGGCACAUGGUCUCAUUGGGAAUGAUGAGCGGAAGUGUUCUCAAUGGUGUAGAUGUUGGGCAGAUUGUCUACAAAAGAAUCAGGUGGGAAGGUAGCACAUUGAGGAGCCGCGACGUGAUCUACCAAGGGAAGCUCAGGGACAAGCUUGAGGAGUAUUUGCCACUGUUUGUGAAGGGUGACUUGAAGAUUUUCGUCGACAAGGUCUUCACAAUGGACCAGAUUCAGGAGGCGCACAAGCUCAUGGAGGCGAAUACCACUACUGGAAAGAUCAUUUGUACAGUAGACUAG